AUGAGUCUGCUCGGUGCCGCUGCGCUCCUGUCCCUGCUGGUCCGCGCGGGAGCCGUGCAGCUCGGAGCACGUGGCAACUCGACCUUCGAGGCCGCGUUGGCCCUGGGCAGCGUGUGGGAAUUCCCUCUGCCAGCAGACUGGGUUGCAGCUCCUCCGCUGGACUACAGCUACGGGAGGUGCAACUACGCCGCGGUCACGGCCACGAACGUUGGAACCGGCACAGUGGAGACAGGCUUCAUCCGGUACGGCAUCGAGAACCAUGGGUCUUGUGCUGACACACACUGCGGUGGAGAUUGGGGGAGGUUCUGUAUGGUAAAAGGCGGCGCGAGUGGGGCCCAAUCGACGACCGGAGUUGACGAUUUUCCGUACUUCAAUACGUGGGUACACCACAGCACCCCGAACUGCCGCACCACGUCCGACUCAGGCUGGGGUGGAGGCUGCGGCGGAGCCGUUCUGACUUUCUGGGCGCAGGGGAACUCGGGGUGGGAGACUGUGUACGCGUGGUCAGGUCCAGUCGCUGGGGCCCAACAAACUUGGACGAGGACCAUGACCGCGGGUGAAUUGGUCAGGGUUGGGUUUGACGCCGCCGGGAGCAACGCCCCCGCCCCGCCGCCGCCGACGCCAGCUCCAACGCAAUCGCCCACUCCUUCCCCCACUCCUGCGCCUACGCCCGAGCCAACGUCGUCUCCGACUUCUGGUCCGUCGCUACUGUGCACGUACACUCCCAGGGCGGUGCAGAUGAAUACCGACACUGUUCCAGGAGAUUUCGAAGGUACAGACGAUAACUGCAUCUCAGGAGGUGGUUAUAGCCCGCCGCCUACCGGAACCUACUUCGGCCACAUCACCGCAGACCAGUUCCAUGGACACAGCCAAAAAGUGGGCUGCUUGGAGUUCACACUGGACGUCGACGCAUACAUCGAAACGCGUUAUGGUCGGCAUGCUGCAUGGAGCACGACAUGCCCGAUCACCAUAUUCAGAUGCUACCCGGCACAGUGA